AUGCCAGCCGCCGCUACUAUGAGGAAGAUAUACUUGGAAAAGGUACAAGCCCAAGAGCCGAGUCAGCACAUGUUACAACAAGCUACCACCGUUGUCGGUGUAUCUUCUCUAGGCAAUAUGCUCAGGUAUUGGUACAUUUCUGGUACUUUUCUCAUUGUGAGCUUGAUAUCGACAGGCAUUUUACUGGCCGUCACGCCCUCCUUGUUCCCAUUCAAGUAUCCUGGCCUUACAUACUUCUUCCCUCAACACGUCAUACAACUAGAUGAUUUAGCCUUCGACCGGUGCUUUACUGAUGGCGGCGCAGGUUCUGUGGAUGGGUUGGUCUGGAAGUUGUCAUCUGGAAGGUUACUCGGUGUCAACGCCACAGGUUCAUGUGAAUUGCAGCGCGUACUCCCGUUCCUGGCCCAAAGCAACGCCUUCACACUGGACGAUCCUGAUUUCGCAUACAGCAUGGGAGGUGUACCAGUCAACAAGUCUGCCAUGGGGGUGCCGUGCGAGGUGCCGUACGAUGCCUUUGUGGGUGCUUUCGGGCUUCAUACUUUUGGUGUGCCGGUGGGAUUCUGGUCCGAGUUGGAGUCUGUAUCGAUCUGCCUCCCGAUACUGGAAACCAAGCCUGUUUCCUGUUUCAAAACAGGUAGCGUUAUCCUUUACGGAAGAAACCUGACCGUCUCGUCCGACGGAUGCGUGGCAAGUACCAUAUUCUAUAGUGUUGACCCGUCUAGUCAAGGCGCUACUGUUGCUGGCAUUUGUGCGGGCGACCAAGAGGGAACCUCGACGAUUGUUUUUGGGUCUGUAGGCACCCAUGCCUCUGAGCUUAGCGACUUUGCAGGCUUCCGAGGCCAGACAAAGAAUGACACCUUCGCCUUGACGUGUUCCAUCAACAUCCGACCCGCCAUCGCGAUACGUCGACUCAAGUUAGCUCGCUACUCGCGGAAAUAUCUCGAUAAGAUCAACUAUAGUUUCCAAUUUGCGGUCACUAGGGACAUUUCCAAUGACUCACCAUGCCAAGGCAACAUGUCGCUUGAUCGGAUGUCGACAUCCACCGCUCUGGCGGUUGGUGCUUCCGCUCCCUGGCCACUCCUUCGGGAGCGAAGCCAUGUCGACGGACGCCUCGACACGCUCCUUGCUACAGCGGUCGAUUGGAGGGAUACAGUAUCUGGAACUAGCAAGUUGGAGGCAGCACUGUGGGUUGCUGUGGCCAUUGGAAUAGGGAUGUACUGGGCUUCCGGGCAAGAGAACGAUGGUGAGAAGGUUGUGUCCAUGGGUGAGUAUAUGCUGGAAGGCCUACGAGUUGGGCCUUCUAAGUGGUGGGGUCUUGUGUAUACUCUUCCUCUGCUAUUUUCUAUUCUUGUUCUUGCUUUUUUGCUGUGGCAGACUCGUUCCCGAUAA